AUGUUUAGAAAUCUUAUAAUAUUGUAUUUAUCACUUCUAUUGAAAUUCUCAUCAUAUGCAACGAAUGCAUCGAAGCCGAUAUUGACAAUUGAUGAAUUUUUCGAUUAUACAAGAUUUCCAUCGUUAGCUUUUUCGCCUGAUGGUGAAUAUUUACUCAUUCAAAAGAAUCGUCCAUCGUGGAAUACGAAUUCGUACGAGAAUAGUCUUUGGUUAUAUGAAAUUCGCGCCCAACGCAUGAAAUUAAUCACGAAACAGCUUGAUCCCAGUUUUCGACCACGAUGGUCACCAACUGGAAAACGAGUCUUAUUUUCAAGAGAGAAGCAACUGGCAACUGACAAACUUAGAAAUCAUAUUUAUCAUCGAUCUUUAUCCGACAAUAACAUAAUCGGUGAACAGAUAUUCUAUGUUUAUUGUAUUGAAUCUAAUGAAUUGUUGCCAAUAUCACUGGGAUUUUUGAUUCCUACUGCUCUAGCAUGGUCAAACAAUGAUUCAUCUUUUUAUAUUGCUACAAUUUCGUUAAACUUAAAUCAAGACGACGAAUGGAAAGAUGUGAUUCGUCAUCGAGAUAAUAAACUCAUUGAUGGAAGUAUCAUCUAUCGUAUUGAUUUGAGUAUUGAUAAUCACACUUCAUCUAUUCAAAUGAAUAUCGUCCGACAUAUUCCAUUUCAAAUUAGUGAUCUUUUAUUUGUUCCAUACAGUGAACAGCUUUUUCUUGUUUCAAUAUCGUUUAUUUUCGAAAAUCCAAAUGAUCUGGAAAUUUUUUCUAUUAAUCUACUUGACGAGAAACCACCAUUAAAACUAACCACCAAUUAUGGAUAUGAAGCAAAUUUAAAAUUAUCAAACGAUGGUAAAAAUGUCCUUUUUAUGUUGUUUCCUAUGAGUUCGAUUGAUGGCAAAGUUUUUACUACACAGCAACGCUUAUACUCGAUCGAUGUAACAAAUAGGCAGGUUACUAAUCUAGCAGCAGAUUUCGAAGGUAAUAUUGUUGAUUACACAGUUAAGUUCGAUGGUGGAGUCUAUAUACUUGGACAACUGGGUACUAAUACCCGUAUUUAUACACAAUCAUCGCCGAUGAAUAAUUACUCAAAAUUACACCAAGGAUGGGAUGGAACCUAUGAAUCUAUAUCAUCAUCGUUAUCAACUAGUUGUUCGUCGUUAGCAUUUGUUUAUUCAGAAUUUGGACGACCGAAAGAAGUGUAUCUUGUUGAAAAUAUUAAUGAUCUUCAAAUAGCUAAAGCAAUUACCAAUGAAAAUGAACUUUUCACUCAACGAGAUUUACCUCAAGCGAAAAUCUAUCGAUGGACAAGCAAUGAAGAUAAACGCAGCAUAGAGGGAAUCUUGCAUUAUCCACCAGGAAAAUACGAAUCAAAAUAUUUGCCACUUUUAGUUUUGAUUCAUGGAGGUCCAGCAUCAGCAAGUCUAAAUGAUUUUGAUGUAAAAAGUUAUUCGUGGGCACCAAUGGCUGCUUCAGCUGGUUGGCUAGUUUUUGAGCCCAACUAUAGAGGAUCGAUUGGGUAUGGUCAAGAAUUUCUCGACGAAAUUCGUUAUCAACCACUAUCACGACCCUCGCAAGAUAUACUUUCAGGUAUCGAUCGUUUAAUUCAAGAGGGUAUUGCCGAUCCAAAUCAUCUAACUGUCGGUGGAUACAGUUAUGGUGGCUUUAUAACCAAUUGGUUAAUUACACAGACGACACGUUUCAAUGCAGCAUUGUCUGGCGCUGGUGCUGUUGAACAUGUUUCUCUUUGGGGUAGUAUGGAUUUUCCAUUGUUAUAUAACAACCUAUUUGGCGGGUUUCCAUGGGAGUUACCACAUAUAUAUCAACAACAAGCACCCAUUUACUAUUUGGAUAAAGUGCGUACACCUACAUUGAUCAUUACAGGUGAAAAUGAUGUAAACAUUCUGCCUGAUCAAAGUUUCAUGUUGGAACGUGGUUUAUAUUACCGAAGAAUACCAGUACAAUUGUUGAUCUUUCCAAAUGAAGGACAUACAUUAAGUAAUAAUCCUUGGCAUGGAAAAAUUAAAGUUCGAGAAGAACUGAAAUGGUUAGAAAAAUAUGGUCAUACAAGACUAAACAUCACCAACAAUUAA